CGCAGUUGUAUUCCAGGCCUGUAGGCGGCGGUGUGACGUCAUUGCGCUCAUAAGCGUCACUUCUUCGCGUCUUGUUCUUGCGCUUCUCUGACCUCUGCAGACUGAGUGCGGUUCUGAGCUUCAAGGAAAUGGCUCCUCCAGUGCAAGUGUCGCCGCUCAUUAAGACAGCCAGGUGGUCUGCAUUGCUUGUUGGCAUUAUCUACGGAAAGCGCAGAUAUGAUCAUCUGAAACCAAUUGCAGAGGAGGAAAGGAGAAUAGAAGAGGAGGAGAAGAAGGUACGAGAGGAGAAGGAACGCAUUGCUAAACAGCUAGCAGAAGCUAAUGAGGACACAAUCUUGAAGUGAGCUACCCAAAAUGAUGCCUGUAUCAUUUAUAUUGUAAAGAUCUUAUUUGUCUGGAUUAAGAAUGAUGCUUGUAUUCUGCCACCUUGGUUUUGCUUUUCACACCUUUGACUGUUUUCUAUAAUAGAUCAUGUCAGAUGCCUCAAUUUGUGAAAUAAUAACUGAAUACAUGCAAAUAUACGUAAACAAAUUUCCUCUGACCUGACACUGUUCUUGUAGUGUUAAAUAUACACUGAAUCAGAGUUUCACUUUGGUAAACAUCCACAACAAUAUUUAUUAAUAAACCUGUUAAUCCCAA